UACUUGUUUCUACCCUCGAGGUUUCAAAAUAAGUUUACAGAUCUAGCUAGGGAGGGAAUUUAAUCUGAAAAAGAUAGAGGAUGAGCGGAGAGGGAAAGGUGGUUUGCGUCACCGGUGCUUCAGGCUUCAUAGCUUCUUGGCUCGUCAAGCUUUUGCUCCGCCGUGGUUACACUGUCAACGCCACCGUUCGCAGCCUCAGUCAGUCCCCUCUCUCUUACUUUCUUCCAUAUAUUAUAACACUCUCAUAUAUGUGCAUGGCCCUGCUGUUUCCACGCUCUUUCUUGACAAAGCAUGUGGGAGUAGAGUCUCCAAAUAAGGUGGCACAUCUUCUUGCUUUAGAAGGUGCCAAGGAAAGACUGCAUUUGUUUGAAGCUGACUUACUUGAAGAAAACUCUUUUGAUCCUGCAAUUAAUGGGUGUGACGGUGUUUUCCACACAGCAUCACCUGUUUCUUUAUCACCAACUAAGGCAGAAAUAGUGGAUCCUGCAGUAAAGGGGACACUAAAUGUUCUUGGAUCUUGUGUAAGAACACCUUCUGUGAAAAGGGUAGUGGUGACGUCAUCAGCGGCUUCUAUUAUGAUCAGAUCAAAUCCUAUAAAUCCAACUGAUGUAAUCGACGAAACUUGGUUUGCUGAUAAAGAAUUUGCAGAGGAAACAAAGCAAUGGUAUAGCCUAUCAAAAAUCCUUGCGGAGGAAGCAGCAUGGAAAUAUGCAGGGGAGAAUGGGAUUGACAUGGUUUCAUUGCAUCCUUGUCUUGUUAUUGGCCCUAUUCUACAACCAACUCUUAAUUUUUCAACCAAUGUGAUUCUACGCCUCAUAAAAGAGGAAAAGGGUUCCUUUUCUGUAGCGGGUAGUUCUUAUGUUGAUGUUAGAGAUGUGGCAAAUGCACAUAUCCAAGCAUUUGAGGUACCUUCGGCCAGUGGAAGAUACUGUUUGGUUGGUGAAACAAUACACUCUUCUAAGGUUUUGAAGAUUGCAGGCCAGCUUUACCCUUCUCUUCCCAUUCCUAACAAUUAUUUCAGCGGAAGAGGUUAUACACCAGUAGAGGUACUAUUCCAGAAGACCACAACUUCGAAAGAUGAGUCUGAACUGGUAAACCACAAGGCAUGAUAGCGGACCUCUUGAUAGACCCAGAAGGAUCUACUAUCGGUAGACCAAGGUGAUGUCGCCGGUUGAUCCACGGCUUGCCGUGGCAGACUAGGCCAAUAGACCUAAGGUCAGAUCUACUGGUGCGACAGUGGCUAUGCAUGAACCAGAAGACCCAAGGUCUGCUAGUAUGCAAUGGUCUAGCAGUGGAGCUCAACAAUCGAUCCUUGAAUAGGAUAUAUAGGUGUUACCAUUUGAACCUUCCCUUGUAAUGAUGUAUUGACCUUUGUAGUUUUCUAGUAGAACACAGUGUCUUUGAGUUGUACUG